AUGCCUCCACGUCGACAGCCUGCUAGGAAGGCCCACACGACGGGGAGCGCGCUCGACCCGGACGUCAUCGCGAAGCGCACGAAGCGCCACCUGGACGAGCUCGAGCGCUCGAACUACGCCGAGCCGACCGGGGUGCCAGGCGCGGAGGGCGACGAGGACGACGAGGAGCCCGGCGUGGGCGUCCACGGCGGGCGCACCGCCAAGGGCCGCGCCCGCCGCGCGACGAUCUCGGACAAGCGGCAGUGGGAGCGGCCUGGGCUCGCGAAGGCGAAGGCGGGGCGGAAGACGUCGAUGAACGUCCGGACGGCGGUGCUGUACAAGAAGAACCUCGGCGUGCUCGUCGAGGAGUCGGGUAUCGAACAGCUGCCGCCCAGUGUACCGACCUACUUGCGCGCCGCCGCGCCGCCGCCCAAGGAGCCACCGCGGCUGCUGUGCUCGGUGUGCGGGUAUUGGGGGAAGUACAAGUGCAAGCGGUGCGCGAUGCCGUAUUGUGAUAUGAACUGCGAGGGCGUGCACAACGAGACGCGGUGCGAGAGGCGGGUGGUUUGA